GUUAUGGACGUCAAAGAUAUCAACUGGGUCGGCAGUGAAUGAGUUAAUUGGACUCCAUUAUCCAAUGGAUGUAAUGGGACUGCAUCUUCAGUACAGUAUGUCUUCAAAUAUCCGCUCCCACAUGACAAGCUGUCUCCCGAUUGGUUGGAAGACAGAGGAGGCAGGCGCGUGUGUGAACAUAAAAACACAGAUUUCCAUACACUCUGGUGUUCACUCAUCAUCUGCCUCCAUCCAAACAUUCCACGCAAAACACAUCCCAAAGCUUCUUCAGCAUGUCUCUUGAAGAAAAAGACAAGACCAAUGUGCGGAUCGUUUUUUUAGGAGCAGCAGGAGUGGGGAAGACAGCCCUCAUCCAGCGUUUCUUAAAGGACACUUUUGAACCUAAGCAUCGCCGCACCGUCGAGGAGCUCCACAGCAAGGAGUAUGAAGUCGGGGGUGUCAAAGUCAAUCUCAACAUCAUGGACACCAGCGGCAGCUAUUCUUUCCCAGCCAUGAGAAGGCUCUCCAUCCAGAAUAGUGAUGCCUUUGCACUGGUCUACGCAGUGAAUGACCCGGCAUCCCUGGAGGCAGUUAAGCGUCUGCGGGAUGAGAUCCUGGAGGUCAAGGAGGACAAGUACAUGCCUAUCGUUGUGAUAGGGAACAAGAUCGACCGUCAGCACGAGCGUCAGGUGUCGAGCGAGGAUGUUGUCUCCACAGUGGAGCUGGACUGGAAUAAUAGUUUUGUGGAGGCAUCUGCCAAAGAGGACAUUAAUGUGCUACAAGUGUUCCGGGAGCUUUUACAGCAAGCUAAUUUGCCAAGCUGGCUCAGCCCGACACUGUGCCACAGGAGGGAAACCUUUCCCAAGGGGAAGGACAAGAUGCCGAAAAUGAACAAGGCCAACAGCUGCCUCCUAUCCUAACUUUGAGGACAUCAUCUAAAAAUUCACUGAAA